CGAGGGGAGGAAACCGACGGAUAUUUUUCGCCUGAGCGACAAAAGCCGUCAACUCUGGAAUCAGUGUGCAAGAUGCACCCUCUAAAGGCAAACCUCGACAAACUUGUCAGGGGAGUAACGCCUUGAAGAACAGCACAUCGAAUUUGCAACUCUUUUGCAUUCACUUCUACGCAUGAAGUUCAUCAGAAGACUCGUAGAAGAACAAAUGCUGGACUGACUGCUGAGGAAUGGCAUCGGCGAUAUUCGAGGGGACGUCUCUGGUCAACAUGUUUGUCAAGGAUUGCUGGGUGAACGGGAUCCGUAGACUGAUCAUAAGUCAGCGAGGAGAGGAAGAAGAAUUCUACGAGAUCAGAACCGAGUGGUCAGACAGAAACGUUUUGUAUUUGCACAGGAGUUAUUCAGAUUUUGGGAGAUUGUUCAAAAGGCUGGUUGAAUCAUUCCCUGAGGACAGAAGAGCUCUAUCCAAGUCCCCGCUUAUAGAAGGUCUGGUUAAGAUUAAAGAGGCCAAUGACAUUGAGCUGAAACUAAAUGAGGUGGAGAAGCUACUUAAGAAUGCCAUCAACAUGCCAUGGAAGUAUUCUAGGUCAGAGGUGGUGUUGACAUUCUUUGAGCGAUCACCGCUGGACCAAGUGCUGAAGAAUGACAACGUCCACAAGAUCCAGCCAUGCUUCCAGAGUCCAUACAAGAUAUCAGAGAUCAUGCGUUCCAAUGGCUUCUGUCUGGCCAACACUGAGACAAUCGUGUUUGAUGAGAGUCUGCCACAGGACGAAGAGAGACCCUCAUCCACUGACUCUGCUGCUGGCUCUGCAGAACACCUGUACGAGGAUGGCAGGGAGUUCCUGACGGUGGAACCAGACAUCAGUGACGAUGACUCAGAUGCCUACGUCACAAACCUGUCUUACUACCAUCUGGUCCCCUUUGAGACGGACAUCCUGGAAUGAGGAGCCAAAAUGGCUGACGGUUAGCAUCACUGCCUGCUCAGAUGCUGUCAGAAACCAAACCAUGUCAUGUGACCUAGCUGUGGACAGCUCUGUCCAGCAUGUUGGCCACAAAUGUUUCAGUAGCUGCACAACUGCACCUAUUAACUUUGCUACUGCUGCUUAUAGGCCAACGUUUGUCAUGGCAGCUUUGUCUCUGUCGAAUCGGAGAGCAGAUCCUGGGGUUCAGCGGCUGUAUGGAAAGACAGACACAGACUGUAGUGUUACUCACAGAAAGAUUGUAUAGAGAGAUUUAAUAUCACUGGCUUACAAAGUCCAAUGUCUGUGAUAUCACCAGUGUGCCUCAUCCUCAAGUUGAUGUCUCAAGAUGGGGUUAUAAGGACAUUGCCCAUUUCUUGCUCAUCAAACUGCUUCCUGUGUCCUUUCUCCUCCACAAUUGUGCAUUAUAGUUUUCUGUGGGACUGAACUUGGUGUACUUCAUAUAACUGUGUUCAGUAUCAGCCUUAAACUGCAGUGUUGUCAUUACAACCAGUAUUAUGAAAGAUUGACGUUUUAUGUGGAGUGAUAGCUUGACUUUUCUAAUUGGGAUUGAAUGGGAAAUUAACUUUUUUUGGUUCAAUGUGACUUUUCCUCACCAAACCUAUUGUUAGGACGACAGGUUAGGGAUGUUAUUGUGUUCAAAACAUAAAAUGUGAACGCUACAUCACUGUAUGAAUGACAGUACCAGAUUGGGUUGAGUAGCAAAAAUGUAACAGUUGAGUAAUCUUCAUCUAGGGGAUUGUUAUCAUGUGCAUAGUGAGUGUUUUGCUGGUUCAAGCAAGGCCAUGUCAGACCCUGUAUUAUGCUUUAUAGGCUACUGUAAUUCCACAACUCAGUCCAACAGCUGACUAGAGUCUCUGUGUGGGAGUCGGCAGCGCAGCCAGCCACUGGAGGAACAAAUCUUCUCUGUUUCUAAAGAAAACAAAAUGACAAUGUUGUGUGGAAAACCACUAAGGGAAUUUAGGCCAACACUGGAUUUUUCUCUUCCUGUUCGGCAAAUAAACAUCAGUUUAACCACAGCCACAACAUGAUUUCCCCCAAUAUCACUAAAUAAGACAUCAUUUGACACCAAACAUGUGGGAAUGGCACAUUUGAAAAUAUGGCAUGCCCCAACAUUGUUUUUGUCCACAUUUCAAGUCAAAUUAAAGAUAAAAAAAACAAAAUAAUUGACUCAGCAUUUGUUUCCAUUGAAGGUUUUCCAGCUGUCUGCACAUUCAGCAGUCCUGUAGAUGUAGUGGUAACUUGUUUAGUCGCUCACACGGUUCCCUGUCUCCCUACAGAAGUGAGUCUAGUUUUUCUCUGUAUGUGUGAAGCUUUAGCAGCAUUGAGCCCUCUGGCUACUGGGUAUGUAGCUACGUAGCUAGCUAGCUGUCUGUCUUCCUCUGCUCUGUAUUGUUCUGUAGCCACAGGGGUUUGCCCUCCCCUGAAUCCACAGGCGCUGAACAUUCUGAAACUUGGCACAUGGGGCCUUUACCCGACCCUAAACUCCCCUCCCCUAGUUAGCAACACAGUCAUGCCCAUUGCUCAGCCCGUGAGAAAACCCAGGUCUUUCUCAACAUGUGAUACUAUCCCACUUUUUUUCUCUUCCUGCUUUCUUCUCUAUUUUCUCAGAGGCAGAGAGCCUAAAGAGGAGGAAAAGCACAUUUUUGGGCACUGGAGGUGGUUCUGUUGACUGGCUGCAUUGGAGAAAUGGCACCACAUCCUUCUUAAUGCUCCCUAGGAGAGAAGGAAAAUCCCACCACUAGCAACUCUAUGCUGAAAUAAGGAACUGGACAUUAUGUAUGGAACAGUUGAUUGUAUUCAUUUCUGUUCCGAGUCGGUCUAGAACGUAGACAUUGAUUCGUGAAGAACCUUGUGCAUGCAUCCAUCCAUCCACCAGUCAUGGCUAAACGGUACUCAACCAAUCCCGCGUGGCCUCAGGAGUACCCAACCAAACUCCAGUACUCUGGUCUCUCCGCCACACUCUUUGAACACACCAGUAUGUGAAGUUCGUCAAUUUCAAACAUCAGUGUGAUCAUUUGGAAGAUGAUGCUUUUUGUUUUGUUACAAGGAUAUUCUAAUUUAAUAUAAUGUUAAAGAGGUUAUUUAUUUUUAUAGUCCAAAUGUUUGACAGACUGGCUGCCAUAUCGCUAAGCUAACCGUGACCCGCCUUGUAACCUUAUUGAUAUGCUUACGGCCAGUGUGAGACAUACUGUAUCUGCUCAGUAUUAUUAAUUAUAUUAAUCUAGAGUCUAAAUCCUGUCUGCAGGGGGCUCUAAACUAACAUAUGGAAUUGUUAUAAGAUGGUCAUACCAAGGAUUAUUUAGCUAUUUGAUUUUGAAUUUUAAGGCUCCUUAAGUUAUCCCCCCCAAAAUAUUAGAUGAAACAUUGAAUUUGGCAUUAGGCCUACUGUUAUUAACCAAUAGAAAUGCAUUGAAUAACAGAUGCACUACAUGGAACAGAUCAUUAAAAAAAAUAUUCUAAAGAAGUUUAUUCUGAAGUGUGUCGAAUAUCUGAGAGAUAUAAGGGGAAGGGGAUAAACAUGUAUUUAUCCCCUUAUUUUAGGCACUAAGCUAUCUCCAUAUACACUUCAAUAUAUUAUUUGAAUUGGUACCGGGAUCUUCAGUCUUGUGAGGCUUGUGGGCAUCCUAGAGAAAAACGGAGAACAUCGUCAUGUUUGUGAGAGCCUCAGCUUUCCACAGAGGGGCGACCGUUCCAGACGCUACAGACAGAAGUUGGCAUAAGAGGAUAUACUGACUUCAGACAAGUCUUGUGAGGCUGGUGGGAAUGGUAGAGCAAAACGGAGAACAUUGUCGUGUUCGUAAGAGUCAUUUUUCAAUAGUUUGUAGGCCAAACGAUUCGGACGCUACAGAUGUUUUUGUGAGGAGACCGAUUUUCGGGAUGUCUCAUGGUUUGACAAACACUGCACUAGCUCUACCACCUUUUACCACAGAUGCGGAUGGGUGAUAUCGGCAGAUGGUGGAUUGAGAUGCAGCCCAUUCAAAAAAAAUCUCUAGCUUAAACAGACAGAUUUUGAUGGUUUUUUGUAUAAUGCUAAUUAGAUUUCCGCAGGGGUGCGGACAUUGUAAGCCAAGGGUUAAUACUUAGCCUGCCAAUCAUAUGCAGAAUGACUGACUCUAUGUAACAAUUAUAUUAAAGAUGUUUUGUAAUAAAAAAAUGUACCUUGA